GUUGGUGACACACAUUCGAUGGUUGACAAGACGGCGACCGACCUCUGCGCGGCAACAAAUACUCGACCUGCCAGAAGAGCUCGUUCCGGCCAGCGUGCGUGGUCGCGACCACUCGCCAAUAUGCAUCGAUACACCAAGUCGAAGGUGUUGGCCGACGCCUUGUACGGCAAAGUCCAUUUGUGCCGCGACGAAACGACAGGAGAUACCGUGGCGAUCAAGCGCGUGUGCUUGGAAGCGGCGGUCGCCAAAGUGUCUCUUGGCGGACGGCAUGUUCAAGAAGACAUUUCAGUCGAGAAGCGCGUGAAUGAAACUCUGAGCGCCAAAGGUGGGCAUCCUCAUGUUCUCCGCAUGCGCACAGCGUUCGUUGAAGUUGGCCACGAGCAUUUCGUGUUCGACUAUUGUGCAAACGGCGAACUCUACACCGUCCUGGACGAUGCCCCGGGUGGGCUGCUCACCGACGACCGAGCGCGGCGCUAUUUCGGCCAAAUUGCCCGCGGCAUCGAGUACGUGCACCGCUGCGGGAUUGCCCAUCGCGACCUCUCGUUGGAAAACAUCUUGGUCGAUGACCACGACAACUGCCACGUGUGCGAUUUCGGCUUGGCUGUGUCGAAUGCACAUUUGCAAACCCAAAAGGUGGGCAAGUCGUACUACAUGGCCCCCGAAGUCGUCGCUCAAACUGCGUACGACGCAUGCAAGGCAGAUGUGUGGUCACUGGGCGUCAUGCUGUUCAUCAUGCUCACAGGCGCUCCCCUCUUCGACUCGGCCGAUCACAACGACGACCGUUUCCACUUCCUGGCCACCAAGGGCUUGCAUCGACUCGUGAUGGCGUGGGACCUCGGCCAUCUCGUCCGCCCAGAAGCCAUGGCAGUGCUGCAGGGCGUGCUCACUGUUGACCCAGCUCAACGGUGGACAAUACACGAUGUGGUUGCCCACACGUACACGACCAGCAACGACGCAGGCAAAGAACCCGUGGACCCUCAGCGUCAACUCGCUUUGGUCGACACAACGGCCAAGGAAAGCUGCCAUCUCCACUAGAUAUCACGACGCUGCGCUCGCAUGGACGAGGUCGCACGAAUCGAUCUCGUGCCCCCGACAAAAAGUAAACUAGCAUGUCUCGGCCUGUUGUGCCACAUCCAACAACCUCACGUUUCGGGUUCAAGCGGUGCAGAUCUUGGCCCCUGGUGGAUCACGUUGACACGUACGAAUGGGAGCACGCGUGUAUCGACAGCAACCACGACCUGGACAGUGGACAUAGUUGUAUAAGAUGUAAGACGUUUGUGUCGUUUGGCGGUCGACGGAACUCUGUCCUGACCAUGCAACAUGAGCACAUGCG